CCAUUUUCAUCAUCUCUUCAUCUUCCUUCCACCAACAAACAAUUACUAAAUAUAUCAUUAUGGCUUUUGUCCAAAAUUAUGGCUUCCCAUUCUAUUCCCCACCACCAUCACCCCCUUCCCAUUCUCCCUUCCUUCCGCCACCCUACCACCCUAGCAUGCAACCACCACCAUCACCAAGUCAUCCUACUUUGCAGCCACCACCACCAAGUCAUCCUACUUUACCGCCGCCACCAAGCCAUCCCCUUCUUCCACCGCCAUCCCCACCAAGUCGUGUUCCACCGCCACCAAGCCAUCCCCUUAUUCCACCGCCAACCCCACCAAGUCGUGUUCCUCCAUCACCGCCACAUCAUCUCCUUCCACCUCCUCCGCCACACCACUUCACUCCACCACCGCCUUCACUUCCACCACCAUCUCCAGGACAUCAUACUAUCAUCAUAGUGGUGUUCGUCUCAUUGGGUGGUCUUUUCCUACUCGGGUGUCUCUCCUUUGCACUCUGUUGCUUUCUCAAGAAGAGGAAGAAGAAACAAAUUAACGAGACCGAAAUUGUGAGAGUUGACGAACACCUCAAGAUUCAAGAAGUUGUAGUACCAGGUCCACAUGGUACACAGACCGUCAUACUAAAUAUUGAUGAAGACAUACAUGUUGAAGAAGAGAUUAACAAGAAUGAACUGAUACUUAACAAAGGGUCUCAUCAUGAUCACAGUAUUACUUCCGAAUCCCCUCAAUCGAAGAAGGCGGUUGAAAUAGCCAUAGCAGCAGCUUCUGAUACAAUCCAGCAUUAUCAUGAUCACCAAAAGAGUUGAUCAAAACUCUCUCUUCCAAGUAUUCCAAAUUCUGAUGAACCAAGCAGAAAGUCUCAUUUUACUUGUGAUUUUUUUAUUUUUACCCAUCAAAAAUAAAUGUUCACUGUAAUUAAGGGAAAUACAACCUAACCAAGUUGUAUUUAAGCACCCGAUAAACUUAUAAAAUAACU